AUGUCCGACGAGCAGAAGCCCACCAACAACGCCCAGGCUGAGCAAGAUGUGAAGGAUGUCCUGUCCGAGCUCAAGGGCGAGGACGCCGUCCCCGCGGAGGCUAGCAAGGAGGACGCCGAAGAGGCGCGCAUUGUCGCUGAGGCCGCCAAGCUCGGCGAGAAGUCGGAAACUCAAGAGAAGUCAGAGCAGCGCGACUCGCGAGGUUACCGUCCUCGCGCCACCGGUUCAAAGUUCGAUCCUUCCCAGCAGAAGGAGACCGACGACCCCGUUCAGAUCCGCAAGCAGGUUGAGUUCUAUUUCUCCGACUCCAACCUGCCCAUGGACAAGUUCCUCUUUACCAAGGUCGGCGGCAGCGAGAACCACCCCGUCCCCUUGGAGCUGCUGCACUCCUUCAAGCGCAUGCGCCGCUUCCAACCCUUCAGCGCCAUUGUCGAGGCACUUAAGACCUCCGAGACUCUGGAGCUGACCGAUGACAACACCGCUGUGAAGCGCAAGGUUCCUCUGUCUCAGGAUGUGAAGGUGCACAGCCAGGAUCUUCAGAAGGUCUACGAGGACAAGGCUAUGGCCCGCAGCAUCUACGCCAAGGGCUUCUGCGGAUUUGGUGAGGAGGAGGCCACCACUCAACUCGACAUCGAGGCUUUCUUCGAGCCCUACGGCCCUGUCAAGUCCGUCCGUCUUCGUCGCAGUGUCCCCGAUAAGAUCUUCAAGGGCAGCGUUUUCGUCGAGUUCGAGAGCGAGGAGAAGCAGAAGGCGUUCUUGGCCCUUGACCCCAAGCCCAAGUUCCAUGACCGGGAGCUGCUCAUCAAGAGCAAGAAGGAAUACUGCGAUGAGAAGGUGGCGGACAUCAACUCUGGCAAGGUUCAGGCUAACGGUGAGCGCUUCCGCGGGGGUAACCGUGGCGGUCGUGGUGGCCGCGGUGGACGUGGCCGUGGUCGUGGUGGCGCUCCUCGCAAUGACCGUGACUGGCGCGAGCGCCGGGAUGAGGAUAAGAAGAAUGGGUUCAAGGCCAACAAGGAUUCUCGUGGCGUUCCCGUGGUGAAGAGCACCGCCGAUGACUCCGAGUCUGCUGGUCAGAAGCGCGCGCGCGAUGAGGAGGCGAGCAACGACCACCCCGCCAAGAAGGUGGACUCCAAGGAGUAA